AUGCCAAGUGGCUUCUCUGCUUACAAGCAGAUGGCCUGUGAAUGGACUGAGACGGACAACAAGGGAGGGACAGACUUCAAGAUCUACAGCAGCCUUGCAGAUGCUAUCGCAGACACGAAUGCGUGGUCUGAGUACGGCGGCUUUGGAAGUACGGACGUAGGCUUUCCAGGAACAUCGGGCCCUUCUUCUGCGUCAAGUGGCCAGUACAGCAGCAUACCCGUAUCGGAGUGCUCUUCGUCUUCAACCGCCACUGGUGUGGAGGGCAACUUCUACAUAUACGACUAUGCGUCCUCGGUGGUGCCUGGCACCUGCACCCGAAAUGUAGGAACUCUUGGCAGUGGUGCACAGUGCGAGGAUGAUAAUGGGCAGGAGAGUCGAUUGGGUUUCCUGAUGUUCACGAAGGAAUCUCGUGCAACAAGAUGGCAAUCAACCGCCACGUCCUUUGCGGAGAACUUUGUCUGUGCGCGCUUCACCGGUGUGGAGUGGCAGUAUUUGGAAGGGGCCACAUGGACUCAGUUCAUCCCAUACCCAACAGAUGUGCUCCUGGCUAGAAUAGAGUUCGACAACAACACGAUCACGUCGCUGAAAGGAUCGGAUGAAGAGUUUUACACGGUCAAACUGGGUUUCGUGGAUGGGGACUUGGACUUCACGCUCGGCACCAGUUCCGCCACAAUCGCCGGUACAUCUUUUGUUGCUCGGUGUGGCGAGGAUUUGUGGUGCCGCGGUGGUAUUCGCCCAAGCGGAACGGAUGGAACAUCGUACUGCUGUGCAAGUUCCUGCACAGAAUGUGGAGGUGCAACUUGUUCCAGCAACGGAGCCUUGGACAUCUGCUGCUUGAGCACUCUGCUGGAAGCUGGGCGGAUUUGUCGUGACCAUGAUGAUGUUUCAUGCUUGAUUCCGGAGUCGUCUGUUCUGUGUGGUGGCAGCCUGCAGCUGAAUAAUUUCGAGUCUGCGGCCACCAUGAAGCAGGCUGGCUGGACCAUUGACAGUGACAACGACGCCGACCUGUUUUCCCCAGAUUCUACACUCAAUGGCUGGUACAGGGGCUUUGCUUCGGGCUCCAAUGCCGGUGGGAUUAGUGUUACCCUCCGAGGAUAUGGGCAACUCGAUCUGGCCUAUGGAAAUGGGAAUUCUGUGUCGGGCACAACCAACCAAGUACAGGUACUCCUCGGCGGCAAUGAAGUAGACACCGCUGACUCCACACAGUCAGAAAAGACGGCCACAAUCGAUUUCACGGAUGGGGCUGUCUUGGAAAUCAAGGAUGCAGGCGAUGCCAUCAUUCUUGUCAAGGGCCUUGCCUUCAAGUGCUUGGUACAGGAUUUCUGGCCACGGGUGGUCAUCAGAAGUGGAGAGUUUGGUGCGCCGAGCACCUGGACCGCAUGGCCUGCGGAGGCCUGCUAUCUUGAGGAGGAGUCAACUGGCACUUGGAGCGGCACGGUGAGUGUCAGCAGCGGCUCGAUUUCGACUGCCAGCGAAGAUCUUUUCCCAGUGACUUAUACAUGCAGUCGAAACAACAUCCCAACAACAAGGACUGUCAUCGUGAAAGUUCGGGAUCCCAUCCAGCUGGUAGGCCUAGAGGCCAUGAUCGUCCGCCAAUCGGCUGGGGCAACCUUGGCAGACCCUGGUGCAGCAUGCAUCGACCGAGACUUGGUCCCGCUGGCUGUUUCCACUUCACCGUCAAGCAUUGCAUUGGACAACGUUGGCGAGUACUCUUUCACCUACUCAUGUACCGACAGCAGCAGCCGCACUUCCACAAAGAUCCGCUAUGUCCAAGUUGCACCUGCCAUAGAAUUGAAGGGGGACGCAGUCAUUGUUAUCGAAAAGGACAAGACAUGGAACGACCCAGGUGUACAGUGUGUUGAUGUCAACGGAGGAGAGACGUUUCAGGAUCCUGGGGUGUGCUGUAAGGAUAGCCACAAUCAGGUAUUGCCCUUCUCCAGCAUCUUGAAUACCGCGCAUUCCGACUGGAGCGGGUUGCAAACGCUCUUCUACAGCUGUACAAGUUUUGAUGUGUCUGAAAGUGCCGUGCGGACUCUCACCGUCAACAACGUGCCAAAGAUCUUCCUCACAGGUGAUGCUGAAACACUGUCGGUAUUGGAUAACCUAUAUGUAGAGGCUGGGGCAGUUUGCACAGAUAUUGAGGAUGGCCUCAUAACAGCUUGGGGAGCGACUGGCUUGGGGUCUGCGCAGAAGCUGCCUGUGCUGAGAGCGGGUGCAAGUGGGACGGUGACAUCGGGCGCAGCAGAAAAUAUUAUCGAUGGCGACGAGGCGAGCUCAGUCACUCAAGCUUGCGAGUCCUGCGUAGAGGUGCCACAGUCGGUGUAUUUGUGGGUGGACCUGGGUGCCGGCAAAGUUGUCCACCAGUAUGCACUGGCUGGAAGCGUGUCCGGAGCCAGCAUUUUAGUCGGGCCGGACAUUAACGUCGGUCCUGCUUGCAAGACUGGCAUCACGACCUCGCUUGGGAGUUCUUCGAUAGUGGAGUGCGAUGCUCCUUUGGCCGGCCGCUUCGUUACGCUGGUUGGGUCUGGUUCCUCCGCUAUGAAAGUGUGCGAGCUCACCAUUUACGGCACGGUCGGACCCGCAGCACCUGCUAGAAUCAAUAUCACAGGUACACCAGCAAGCUGCACUGGAGUUGAUGCUGUCGCACUGGAGCUAGCAGGACACAACGACAGCGCCUUGGGUGUCAUGUACUCUACGCAGAUGCCUGGCUCCAACAAUGAGUUACGGACAGAUCUAGGCACGGGACCUCAUCUACAGACAGAAGCUGUGGCCGGCAAAACUGUGGGUACUCCUGGUUCCGAGCGAUGGGUGCUGCGCGACUCAAAAUGGGUAGAGCAGGCCUAUGCCAGUGGAGGAGAGAGCUUUCCGCCAUUGGAUGGAAGCCAAUGGACUAUUUCCGGCACAGGUGCGACUUGCACGGGCCUCUCCUUUGCGAUCGAUCCCGAAGACUCGUGCAGCUGGCUGUUCGGGCCAUCCAGCGCCGAUGACCAGUAUGGCUGUGGGGAUAGCAGCGAGUGCAACACAGAGGGCUGCUGCUCCACGGCGGGUGGCCUUGCACGAUGUCCGCCCAAUCUCCCGAGGAUGUGCGAGGCACAGACCUGUGGCAGCGACUACUGCUGCAAAACGGAUUGUGCCUCUCACAGUGGGAACCGCUUGUGCAAGCAAAGCUCCCUGCCUGCUGUUACCAGCACUGGAAGCUCCACACUGGCGCGGAUGGAAGUGGUGAAUUCCGUCUUGCCCAACGACCCUGCAAUCUACAAGGUGACGUACACUUGCUAUGAUUCGGCGGGUGCGCAUGUUUCUGUCACGAGAACCGUGGAAGUGGGAUGUGAAGAUCCAAACCCUGGUGGAACCUAUGGCGGCAACCGCGUUGCUUGCAGCACGAUUUAUAAAGAGACAGAGAACGUUGCGAACUAUGAUGCCUGUGAGACUCUCUGCUUGUCGGCGAACAGCACCGAAUGUGUGGCCUACUCUUUCUUCACGAAUGGCACCUGUCAAUUUCUGACGCUCUGCACAGGGCGCUAUUUCAUGAUCAUCAACGGCACUGACCGGCAUGUGGCAUACUGCAGACGCGUGGACACAGCUCCCAGCAUUUACCUCGAAGAUGGUGUCAGCUGGUUCCUCUUGGGUGCUACAACUUACAGCCUGCCGAAGGUGAGCUGCUCUGAUUCUGAAGAUGCUGGAAACAUGGGAGACCCGACGGAUAACAUCAACAGUGUCGUGGAUGUGAACACGGCUGGGAAUUACAUUGUAACAUACACGUGCACGGACAGCGCCGGGCAGUCAACAACUGGAACACGGACAGUCACAGUAAAGGCAAACUGCUCGGUGCCUACAGUCGUGAAUCAGAACGACACCACCGGGUACUGUGUGGAAGGGACGACGUUUGCUCAUGGCACCACGUGCACGGGCGCCUGCAACUUUGGCUAUGCGCCACGCAAUCCAACUCAUACCUGCACAACCAAGUCAGACACCGAUUACGAGUCUGCGUUUGAUCCCUCUCUUAUCUUGUGCGAUGUCCUUCCUUGCAACGAGCCCUCCGUCGCGAAUUCUGCUGUCAGUCCUACGGAUGGCCAACCGAAGGCCUGUCAAGAGAGCAAUACCGCCCGUGAGAUUCCGGAUUCCAGCGUGUGCACUCCGCAGUGUGCCGAUGGCUAUGUUCCGCGGGUUCCAGGUGUUGGUUCGGGUGCUACGCUGGCCUGCUCAGCCAAGAUUUUGGACCCACCGACCUUUGUGUGUGAGCUGCCGGCCGCCUCUCCGUUGUCGAUCUUCGCGCCUUCCAGACCCAAGCCAGAAGGCGCUGUGGAUAUCACGCUCCAGUUUGCUACUGGCACGGCCAAUGAUUGCGCUUGGUCUGGAUUCAUCUUUGAGGGCAAGGAGGUAAAAAGCGGCGAGACCACGACCUAUGGCGAGAUGGUCGGAUGUGAAAACAGCCUCUUCACGGCCCGAGAUGUGGUAACAUGCAUGGCGACCGGCUUGACGGAGGGUGGUGAUUACCAGUUUCGUGUCAUGGAGGUUUGUACUGACACAAACAUGAACAGCCCGUGGACCGAAUCUGAAGUGUUCACCCUGCGGUUCGUCAUCGUCCCAGCUCCUGGUUCGGCAAUCCGGAGAGCAUAG